UCAACGGAAUACUUCCGGGUUACGAUGGCUGCCGUACUGCUACAGACUGGGACCUGAAGCACCGUUUCCAUCGACAUCAGAUUUUUAACGUUUACAUGCAAUGAUUGCCUCCGAAUUCAAAAUUUUUAACCUAAUCAAAAUGCUUUAGAUCUAUAGGCACACGUCUUUAAUAAGGCGAGGGAUACAUCGGGUUAAACAAUGGAUGGGAGCAGGGAAUCUGCCGAGACGGAGCAAGAGAACGACAAUACGAUAAGCGAAGAGCUGUCUCGUUUCAGCUCUGCCUCAGAAUCACAGAGUUCCUCCUGCACAAGCAUUACUAAUCCAUUUUAUGAGGGCCCAUCUGAAGCAGACACAACACAAACUAGUUCCACAUCUGUCAAAACUGCACGAAGGACCUCAUCGAGUGGAAGACGCAGGGAGUCAGGAUGUCAAAUGCAGCCAUGUUCUGCAUCUUGCAUGGGUCAUCGUCGUCAGGGCUCCCACUCACAUUGUCAGACUCACCCCAUGUAUCCGCCACAGGGAGCUCGGAUGUCUGCUCCAAACCAUGAAGAAAAUGUUGAGCAAAGAGUUAUUAUUGUCUGGGACCUCGGGUACCUGGUCACAUGUUCUGGCUUCCUACAGUCCCUGCAGUUGAUAAUGACCAUUGCGACAUUGGUGUGUCUUGUGAGCUCAGGUGCAAAGGAAGGAGGACUUCUGAACCUUCCACUCAGCUGGCAUUUUCGCAUCAUGAUAUUUGUCCUGGUGCUCACUCUGCUAGUCAUCGCUACCCUCUUCUUUGGCAACAUCACCUCUCUUAUUACAAUCUUCGGGUUUGAAUGGACCUUCUUUGACAUGAUUGUUUACUCUCUGUUUGCCUUUUUCUACCUCGUGGGCUCAUCCCUCGUCGCCAGUGCUUUCGAUUUCUACGAGAAGAUGAAGACAGAUGUGUCAAAAGACACAAUAAGUCAACUAGUCACUUCAGUGAUUCUUGGGUACUUGUGCAUGUUACUUCAUGGGCUCUCAGCUUUUCUCAGCUACCGCAAAUGGAAGAUUCAGUACCGACUGUACCAACGCCGCAAACUCAUCGAAGAAGAUGAAAUUGAUUUGUAGAAGUCUUAUUUGCAGUGUGAUUUCAAAAUGUUAUUUGAUGACUCACUGGAUGUUUUUUUAACAUGAUGCUUAAAGGGUUAACAACUCUUUAUCCUGUGGUUUGUCUCCAACUUGUUUUUUAAGAAAGAUGAUCAGAGUGAUGUGACGUCUCUCUCUACGUUCCAAAUGAUACUGCAGAGAAUCAAAGUUGCAUUUAUAUACACAUAUACACACAUAUCUGUGGCUUUAUUGUUUUAAAAAUGCUGAUCUAUCAUGUAAGAAAGAGUCCUUGUUGUAUAAGACGUCUUCCGAUUGCAGUGAGAUUGUAAACUUUUGUCCUUUUGGCCUGAAGAUUGCUUGCUGUGGUAAGAGGAGAAAAGAAAUUUGAUGUCUUCUGAUCCUAAAGAAAUAAUUAAUGUGGGUGAAUGUUACCUUCUCAGAACGUGUGACUAGUGACACUCUCGUUGAUACGUUCUAGAAGAGCACUGCAGUCAGUUAUCCUUUACUGUGGCUUUCGCAACAUACGUCGCUCCCCUCGACUACUAUUACUAUUGUAUGGUGGUUACGACAUGUACAUCUCUAUAUUUGUCAUUUUUAAGGAAAUAGGAUGAAAAUUGUCUAUACACUUCAUGUGCCCAAUUUUAUACCGUUACCAUUAGUAGAAUAAGUUCUGCCGUCAAAUUCAGAUGCAGAUGGUUUAUUGACUUUAAUGGUGAUACUUUAAGAUUUAGAAGGGGAAAAAGAAUUGUGAUGUUCAGUUCAUAAGUGUAACUCAGUUACAGUAUUAGACUCACUUGUGCAUGGUGCCUUUAGUACCUGUCACAACUUCUGAUAAAGUCACUGCUUGUUUUGUAUUUGCAGGUCUAAGAUCCUCUUCUGUCAUUCUCAAAACUGAAUUAAAAUUUUUGUUUUUUUAUUGUAAGUUAUCUGAAUCUAGAUGUCUAUUGUUGAGAAAUCUUGAUCUGCUAGUCAAGAUACCAUCUAGAUAUAUACUUCAUAUCGAUAUGCUGUAUAACAUGGAUAGCUCGAAUUCGCCGGGACUGGCCACGAUAGUUCAAGGGAUACGUAGUAUGAGAGAUAAAGAAAA